ACUGAAAAUACAUUACCAUUUUUAAAUCUUGCUAUUAUAAAAAAUACAAUGACUUUUAUCUGAGUUUCAAACCUUCUCUUUCUCUAAUUCUGUAAACACGAUUUGGCAGCGCUAGAGGACGCACACGUCGGAAAAAUCGACGCAUAUGGCGGCCCGUGCUUUGGCGAUGUCAGACUGAAUAGUUUUUUUCUAAUUUUGUAGAGGUUUCCUCGGUUUUUAUUUACUAGUUGGUUAUAUGUUCGUUAUAUGUGUGUUUUCCCUAGGAACUAGUGUGCGGGCAAGGGAAAAUAUCCCUUUUCUCAGAGAAAAACCGUGUCGCGGAGGCGUGUUCGAACGCGGCGUCCGCCACCACUGCUGCUGUCCCAACGAUCAGCAGUACGUUCAGGUUGUCGGAGUCGACGUCAGAGCCGGUAGACGAUGACGUUCCCCGGGAUAUUAUCGGGGGUAUCGGUCUUGGUCAUCAUCAUCCUCGCAACUACAGGCCAAGUUCUCUCCAAUGGAAAUUAUUCGGAUUUUCCUUACAUCCAAUAUUUAACACAUCCUCCCGAGAUCACCACGAAGCCUCGCAACCUCCAAGUCAAGGCCGGUGGCAUAGCGGCUUUUUACUGUGCGGCCAGAGGUGAUCCACGACCUGUCAUCCAAUGGAAAAAGAACGGGAAAAAGGUGUCAGGUUCCCAGACGCGAUAUCAAGUGAAAGAAUUUCCAGACGGUGGAUCUAUACUACGAAUUGAACCUGUUAAAGCAGGAAGAGACGAUGCCAACUACGAAUGUGUUGCCGAAAACGGCGUCGGGGACGCCGUCAACGCCGACGCCACGUUGGUCGUCUUCGAAACCGACAAACUGCCGCCGGGCUUCCCCCAAAUCACUCAGUCGCCCACCACCAACAAGGUCGUCGAAAUCGGGCACAAAGCUGUUCUGUCGUGCGCCGCCACUGGUAAUCCGCCGCCCAAGAUCACGUGGUUGAAGAACAUGUUGCCCAUCAACAGCUCCACCAGCCCACGGUACACCAUCAGGGACGAAAUGCCAGGUACCCUCCAAAUCAGAGAUAGUGAAGAAAAAGACCAAGGCAAGUACGAGUGCAUGGCGGAAAACGCGAUCGGCACCGACUACUCCAAGUCAGCUCAACUUUACGUCAAAGUGCGUCGUGUUUCUCCUCAAUUUUCGAUACCUCCUGCGCCGUUAAAUGAAGUGAUGUUAGGUGCUAGUCUGAACCUGACUUGUGUGGCCGUAGGAUCGCCAAUGCCUUUCGUCAAGUGGCGUAAAGGCCUCACUCAGGACCUAACUCCUGAAGACAAGUUACCCAUUGGGAAGAACACUUUGCAACUAACUAAUAUUCAAGAGUCUGCUAAUUAUACUUGUAUAGCCGCUAGCGUGUUGGGGGUUAUCGAUGCUGUUGCUCAGGUCAAAGUACAAUCAUUACCGGGACCACUUAUCAAUGUUAGAGCGUCAGAAAUCACAGCGACUUCCGUUCGGUUGACUUGGUCCUACAACGGACCGGAGGAUCUUCAGUAUUACGUCAUUCAAUUUAAGCCAAAAUAUGCCAAUCAAGCCUUCAGCGAAAUAUCAGGAAUCAUUACCAUGUAUUAUACGAUUAGAAGCCUUAGUCCCUACACCGAAUACGAAAUGUACGUCAUUGCCGUCAACAAUAUAGGCAGAGGGCCUCCAAGUGCGCCGGAGUUUGUUACCACAGGAGAAACAGCUGAAACGUCUUUUGGAGGUGCCAAACCCGGAUCGUCACCACGAAACGUUCAAGUUCGACCAUUAAGUUCCAGUACCAUGGUCAUUCAAUGGGACGAGCCGGAAACGGCAAACGGCCAAGUUACCGGAUACAAAGUAUACUACACGACCAACUCCCAACUCCCGAUGGCCCAGUGGGAAUCCCAAGUCGUCGACAACAAUCAACUAACAACAAUCAGCGAACUAACUCCUCAUACUAUCUACACGAUCCGCGUCCAGGCCUUCACUUCGGUGGGACCUGGCCCGCUCAGUGCCCCCGUCCACGUCAAAACGCAACAAGGCGUACCAAGUCAACCGAGCAACCUGAUGGCGUCAGAUAUCGGUGAAACCUCCGUCACAUUACAAUGGAGUAAACCGACGCAUUCCGGGGAAAACAUCGUCAAUUAUGAACUCUAUUGGAAUGACACAUACGCCAAAGAGAAACACCAUCGACGCAUACCUAUCACCGAAUCGUACACAUUGACGGGACUUUACCCAAACACUCUGUAUUACGUGUGGUUGGCGGCAAGAUCGCAGCGCGGGGAGGGCGCCACCACACCCCCGAUACCAGUCAGAACCAAACAGUACGUACCGGGCGCUCCGCCCAGCAACGUUACCGGUGAGGCGGUAAGUCCGACUGCCAUCCGAGUCACCUGGGAGCCACCGCUUGCUAACCGCAGUCAUGGAAACAUUAUAUACUACAAGCUGCAGUAUGUCGAAGCAGAUAGAUCAGAUAGCGAAGCUAUAGAAGUUAAAAUGAACGCUACUAGUUUUGUGCUUGACGAACUUAAAAGAUGGACCACUUACCGAAUUUGGGUCCUGGCUGGCACCUCAGUCGGGGACGGACCCAGCUCAUUCCCGAUCACCGUGCGAACCCAUGAAGAUGUGCCCGGCAACCCAGAAGACGUAAAAGUCACCCCAAUAAAUUCCACUACAAUCAAAGUCGAAUGGAAACCGCCCCAUCCUAAAGAACGCAACGGCAUUAUUCUGGGUUACCAUGUCCACGUCCAGGAAACCAAAGAAGAAGGUAAAAACUUCCUCAACGAUCCGAUGAAGUUUGAUGUUUUUGGAGACGCCGUUUUGGAACAUAACGUAUCGGGAUUACAGCCUGAUACUACCUACGCCGUUCAAGUGGCGGCACUGACAAGAAAAGGGGACGGAGACAGGAGUCCUCCGGUCAAUGUGCGAACUCCCGGAGGAGUCCCCAAUAGACCCGCCUUGACCAUAAAGAUUAUCGAACGGGAACCCACGGUUACGAUAGAGUUGGAGUGGACUAGACCCUCGCAAACUUACGGCGAAUUAAAGGGAUACAGACUGAGAUUUGGGGUGAAGGACCAAAAAUUGAAAGAUGUCAAUCUCAAAGGCACUCACACAAAUUCGUAUCGCAUCAGCAACCUCGAACGGGGCGUCGAAUACGAAUUUCGAGUGGCCGGUCAGAACCACAUCGGGAUAGGCCAGGAGGCCAUAAAAUACAUGCACACACCUGAAGGCCCCCCAACGGGUCCCCCGAGCAACAUCACCCACCGCUUCCAAACACCUGACGUCGUCUGUGUUACGUGGGAUCCCCCGGCACGGGAACACCGAAAUGGCCAAAUCAUCAAAUACGACAUUCAAUUCCACAAGAAGUCGGACCAUAGCAAUAUCAUUACUCGCAAUGUUUCCACCACCAAAGCAGUUUUCACCAAUUUGGAGGAAAACACCGAGUAUGUGUUCCACGUGAAGGCUUAUACGAAUCAAGGAGCUGGCCCCAACAGCGAAAAGUUCACAAUUCAGACAGAGCGUGAUAUUGGAAGGGCGCCACUGUCGGUCAAAGCGGUCGCAACAUCGGACUCGAGUGUGGAAGUGUGGUGGGAGCCGGUACCAUCUCGGGCGAAAAUAAUUGGGUACCAGAUUUUUUAUACCAUGACGGCGGUGGAGGAUUUGGAUGAAUGGCAGCAAAAGUCGGUGGAUGUAACCGAAUCUGCUGAUUUGGUCAAUUUGGAAAAGUAUGCACAGUAUGCAAUAGCAGUAGCUGCAAGGUUCAAAAACGGUCUAGGGAGACUCUCCGAGAAAGUUACCGUCAAAGUCAAACCUGAAGAUGUACCAUUAAACUUAAGGGCGCAUGAAGUUUCGACUCACUCGAUGACCCUAACUUGGUCACCUCCAAUUCGUCUCAAUCCCAUCAAAUACAAAAUCUCAUUCGAUGCUAUUAAAGAGUUCGUCGAUUCGCAGGGAAUUACCCAGACACAAAAAAUCGAACGUAACGAGAUUUUAUUACCCGAUGAUGCCCGAACAUACACGAUUAAUAAUCUUUCACCCUUCACCACUUAUAACGUGAAUGUGAGUGCCAUACCCACCGAUCAUUCGUAUAGACCCCCUACGAAAAUAACAGUAACGACUCAAAUGGCAGCACCACAACCAAUGGUCAAACCUGACUUUUACGGUGUUGUUAACGGCGAAGAAAUCCAUGUUAUUUUACCCCAAGCUUCGGAAGAGUACGGUCCAAUAAGUCACUAUUAUUUGGUGGUGGUACCCGAAACUAAGGAUCAAGCCAAUAUGAAUCCUGAUCAAUAUUUAACGAAUAAUUUAAUCGAAAAUAAGGAAAAGGCGGCGACUAAUCACAACUUGCCAUAUAUCGCAGCUAAAUUUCCACAAAGGAAUAUACCCUACACUUUCCAUUUAGGGACAGGGGAGGAUAAUGAUGAGUUUACAAAUUACAAAUUGCAGAGGGGGAAGAGGUACCGAAUUUUUGUUAGAGCAGUGGUUGAUACGCCCCAAAAGCAUUUGUACACAAGUAGUCCUUUUUCGGAAUUUUUAUCACUCGAUAUGAGAGAAGUACCACCUGGUGACCCCCCUCUACGCCCUAACCCCAAUGUCCCGACUGACAACGACGUGAAAGUGAGCUCACAACGCAAGGAAGCCGGACUUUUCUGGAUAAUAGUCCCAGUCGUAGCCGCCUUGUUAUUGUCCCUUAUUUUCGUCUUAGUUUUUAUAUACCGAAAGAGGCGACAACCAUGCAAGACCCCCGAUCAGGCCGCAGUAACACGUCCUUUAAUUCCGGCCGAUUUAAACAAUAGUAUAGCACCGAGCGACCCUGUAGCAAUGCGUCGACUCAACUUCCAAACCCCUGCCAUGAUUUCACACCCGCCAAUCCCCAUAUCAGAAUUAGCCAAUCACAUCGAGCGCCUUAAAGCCAACGACAAUCUUAAGUUUUCGCAAGAGUAUGAGAGUAUAGAGCCGGGACAGCAGUUCACAUGGGACCACUCGAAUAUGGAUGUGAACAAGCCUAAAAACCGAUACGCUAACGUGAUCGCGUAUGAUCACAGCCGAGUGAUUUUGACACCAGAAGAGGGCGUGCUUGGCAGUGACUACAUCAAUGCGAAUUACUGUGAUGGGUAUAGAAAGCACAAUGCUUACGUGGCGACUCAAGGGCCGCUCCAGGAGACUUUUGGUGAUUUCUGGAGGAUGUGUUGGGAGCUGAAAACAGCCACGAUUGUCAUGAUGACGAAAUUGGAGGAACGUACGAGGAUUAAGUGUGACCAGUAUUGGCCAAGUCGAGGCUCGGAGACUUACGGCAGUAUGAAUGUCACUAUAACCGACGUACAGGAACUGGCAACGUAUUGUAUUAGGACUUUCCAGAUUAAUAAACAGGGAUUUAGUGAUCGUCGUGAAGUGAAACAGUUGCAGUUCACUGCAUGGCCCGACCAUGGGGUUCCUGACCACCCGGCCCCCUUCCUCCAGUUCCUGAGGAGGGUGUCUAGCCUCAACCCAUCCGAUGUAGGCCCUGUGGUGGUCCACUGCUCGGCUGGAGUUGGCCGCACUGGCUGCUUCAUCGUCAUCGACUCAAUGUUGGAGCGGAUGCGGCACGAGAAAACCGUCGAUAUUUACGGUCACGUGACAUGUCUGCGGGCCCAGAGGAACUACAUGGUGCAGACUGAAGACCAAUACAUUUUUAUCCAUGACGCGUUGCUAGAAGCUGUGAUUUGUGGACAAACGGAGGUGCCAGCACGCAAUUUGCAGUCGCAUAUCCAGAAGUUGAUGCAACUGGAGCCGGGCGAAAACGUGACUGGGAUGGAACACGAGUUCAAAAAGUUGGGCAAUAUCAAGACUGAUUCGUCGCGGUUUAUUACAGCGAAUUUGCCGUGCAUUAAGCAUAAGAAUAGAUUGGUACAUAUCUUGCCGUAUGAAAGCACGAGGGUGUGUUUGGCGCCGAUAAGGGGGAUCGAAGGGUCGGAUUAUAUCAAUGCCAGUUUUAUCGACGGGUAUAGGUAUAGGAAAGCGUACAUUGCGACGCAGGGCCCCCUGUCGGAUACUACCGAUGACCUGUGGAGGAUGUUGUGGGAGCACAACUCGACGAUUAUCGUCAUGCUGACUAAACUCAAGGAGAUGGGAAGGGAGAAAUGCCAUCAGUACUGGCCUAGCGACCGAUCAGUUCGCUACCAAUGUUUCGUCGUCGACCCCAUCGCCGAAUACAACAUGCCACAGUAUAUACUUCGCGAAUUCAAAGUUACCGAUGCUCGUGAAGGGUCCUCGCGAACUGUUAGGCAAUUCCAGUUCACUGAUUGGCCCGAACAGGGAGUACCCAAGUAUGGAGAUGGUUUUAUCGACUUCAUUGGGCAAGUCCACAAGACUAAAGAACAGUUCGGCCAAGACGGACCAAUUACUGUCCAUUGCAGUGCGGGUGUUGGCCGAACUGGCGUUUUUAUCACUUUGAGUAUAGCGUUAGAACGAAUGCAGUAUGAAGGUGUUGUCGAUAUAUUCCAAACGGCGAGGAUUUUACGUACGCAAAGACCGGCCAUGGUCCAAACCGAGGACCAAUACCAGUUUUGUUAUCGGGCAGCUUUGGAAUAUUUGGGCUCUUUUGAUCAUUACACCAACUGAUGGUCCCGCUAAAUACUCGAGUUGUGUUGUUUUGUUUCUACUGCCAAAUUGGACGUUUUGAGCAAUGCUAUGUUCUAAUUUAAAUCAACUAGUGAAUAUAAAAUAAAUUUAAAGAAAAAUAGUGUGCAAAUGUGUGUAAACUAUGUGCCUAACUUAUAUGUUGGAAGAUGAAAAUGAAAAUGAAUCUCUAUAGUUUGCUCUAUGUGCACAAGAUGUGGACUCAUGAUAAAAGGACUAGUAGAAAAAAUUUUGUAUCAUACAUAUAUCGUGCAAUUUUAAUACCUAUCAAUUACGUUCCGUUGUACAUCUUUUUCAGUUGGAUUUUUGAUGUUGUAAUCAAUCAUUUUUGUACAUUUUAGGUAAUGUAACUCGAAUAAUAUAUGUUAUAAGACUAGGACAUGUUAAUUUAGAAUUUUUAAUAAUGUUCAUAUCAUUUUUUCUGUAAUCGUAACUAUUACAACUACACUUAAUGACAUACCAUACUCAAAAACUGUCAAUACUUAAUUUUUUUAUUAUUUCUAGAUUGUUAGUCUAGAAACUCGUCUUAUUAAUUUUUAUAACUAUUUACAAACAUAUUUUUUAUCUAUUUUUUAUAUUUGUUCACGAGUAAUACUCAAUCUGUAUCCACUUAGUUUUGUAAAAACAUUGUUUAUAUUCAAUGAUUUUUGAGACGAAUUGUUUAUAUUAUAUUUUAUAUACAUCACGACCGUUGUAGCACAUGAAUGAAAUGAGACUUUGAUGAGAAUAAAAUUCUAGAUUUUA